AUGCCUGCCCGUUCUACACAAGUCAACAUUGAGAACCACAGCAGCCAGGACUUGCACGGCGGCAACGGCAGUCUGCUGCACGGCAUGUGGAGCGUAGACGUUCCCGACACUAUUCCCAAAGGACAGUCCGCCACCGGUGAAAUGACGUUCCACUUCGAUAAUCCUUUUAUUGGUAAUAACUCGUACGACACCUCUGGUCCUGAUAGUCUCAGUUUCUCCACCAGUGGUGGAGAGGGAAACAACUGCAUUGUUACCUUGACUAUCUCCGACAAGGUUGGGCAUGGACACAAAUAA